AGCCGGCGCGAGAUGGCUGCUGCGGCGGCGCGGCUGCUGCUCUCCAGGGCGAGCAGAACAGCCGCGUCCUGCUCCUCCGCCGCCCUUCUCCGCUGCCCUCUGGAUUCGUUCUCCCAGCGCUUUCGGAGCUCCCCGUCGCCUCUCCUGCGGCCGGCUCCGUUGCCGUCGACCGUCUUCCCGCGGCGUCUCUCCGACACGGCCUUCGACGCGCAGGCGCUGGACACCCGCGUACCCGCCACCGUCAUCACCGGCUUCCUCGGCUCCGGCAAGACCACCCUCCUGAAUCACAUUUUAACUUCACAGCAUGGGAAGAGAAUUGCUGUAAUUGAGAAUGAGUUUGGUGAGGUGGACAUUGAUAGUUCACUCGUUGCAAGCCAUUCAUCGGUUGCUGAGGACAUUGUAAUGGUGAACAAUGGCUGCUUGUGCUGCACUGUCCGAGGGGAUCUUGUAAAGAUGCUUCUGAAGUUGGUUAAGCAAAAGGGGGACAGGUUUGAUCAUAUUGUUAUUGAAACAACAGGUCUUGCAAAACCUGGCCCUGUCAUUGAGACAUUCUGUUCUGAUGAAUUAGUCUCUAGAUAUGUGAAGCUUGAUGGUGUGGUUACUAUGGUUGAUUGUAAGCAUGCCAUGAAACAUUUGAAUGAAGUAAAAGCCAGGUGGGUUGUAAAUGAGGCAGUAGAGCAAGUCGCCUAUGCAGACCGGAUUAUAUUGAACAAGACUGAUUUGGUUGAUGAUGCAGCACUUGAGGUGUUAAUUAACAAAAUUAAGCUCAUAAAUGGAAUGGCACAGAUGAGAAAAACAAAGUUUGGUGAUGUUGACAUGGAUUUUGUUCUAGGAAUCGGGGGUUACGACCUUGAAAGGAUUGAGUCAGAAGUCCAAUUGCAUGAAAGAAAAGAGACAGGUCAUUGCGCUGCUGGAGAUGAACAUGGGCACCAGCACCAUCAUGGACAUGUCCAUGAUUCAGCUGUCUCAAGUGUUAGCAUUGUUUCGGAGGGAGUACUUGAUCUUGAUGAGGUGAAUGACUGGCUUGAGAGACUGGUUGAAGAGAAAGGGGAGGAUCUUUAUAGAUUGAAGGGUGUAAUCUCCGUAAAUGAGUCAACUGGGCGUUUUUUGUUCCAGGGUGUGCACUCUAUGUUGGAGGGAUGCCCAGCUAAAUCAUGGGAGCCUGAUGAGAAAAGAAUCAACAAACUAGUAUUUAUUGGAAGGAAUCUGGAUGAAGCUGCACUUCGAAAAGCCUUCAAAGGCUGCUUACUGUGAACACUCUGGUCACGUAUUGAUUCCUAUGAGGCCAAACAUGAUAUGCUACAUGACAAGUAAUCAAGCGCAUGAUCAAACUAUACAAGACACUGUUCCUUUUCAGCCGAUGUUUGCUCCCGUUCACUGAUAAAUCGCUUACUGUUUGUCACCAAUGUACUGGAUUUUGCACGUGAUACACAAGGGCAUGGUUUACGUUUAUUUAUAUUUUAUGGGAUCCCCAUGUGUGUCAGGAUCAUACUAGUGUAUUAUGGAGUAUGGACAGUGAGACAACAAAGUAUGUUAAGAGAAAACUAAGAUUGCAUGUCUCCAUGGUUUUAUUUGCGAAUGCAUGGUUCUGCCUCU